AUGAAUCUUUUUAUUUAUGUCCUACUUUUAUCCGUUUGGACAAAUAGUUGUUUAGAUACAAACCAAAGUGAUGAAUCUUCUACUGCAGGAGCUAAGCACCAUGAAUCAAUGGAGACCAAAAUGGACACUUUUAGGAAACAUCUGCUCAUUAUCGUAAUUGGUAUUAUGACCAUAGCUUUUGUUUUUACCUGUCUUUGCCUUCUCCAUUAUAACUGCCUGAGCGAUGAUGUCCCCAAAGCAGAAACGGUGAAGAAAGAAGAUAUAAAAGCCAAGUCAUCCAGAUCAUCCAAAAUAUCAUUCAGUGACUCCAAGACAGCUAGUCUGUGUGAUCCAGAAAAACAAUCCAUGCCAUCCAGUAUAGACAAGUUACCUGGCCUCUCAAGCCCAGAAAAGGCAUCCAUACCAUCCAGUGCAGAAAAGUUAACCAAGCCCUCAAGUCAAGAAAAGUCAUGCACGCCAGAAAGUCCCAAAAAAGUAUUCAGAUCAUCCUGCCAGGGAAAGUCACAUAGAACACACAGUCCAGAAAAGGCAUGUAAGCAAGCUCAUGCCCAUAAGGAAGUCGGUCAGGUUAGUUCAUCCUGUCCCAGUAAAGCAGUCAGACCACCUUGGCAGCCCAGUCCACAACAUCCAGUCAGCCCAACCAAUUCUCCUUGUCCACCCUAUCCACAAAAUCAAAUCUUGUCCAACCCAUCCAGUUUGCCAAAACUGACCAAAUCCCACAGAUAUCACAAACUGAAAAGGUCAGUUAAUACAGGGAGAGCAGAAAGCUUAUCUAGGCCUCAACUAGUCAAGUCUUGUCGGUGCUACAAGGAAAAAUGCCUUAUUUACAGAGCUGCUUCUGGGCCUUUGGUCAAUAAUAUUUCAGAGGCAAAGAAGAAGAAUGCUCAAAGCCCACCUUUUCCACAUAAAUUGAAGCCUUUUCCCAAGCCCUUUCAUAAGAUAGAUUCCAGGGACAAUGCAUCUUGUGGCAACGCAAGUGACCAUGACAUGCUGACAUAUGACAGUGAUGGUGACAGUGACAGGGAAAUAACCAUUAUUUGCAACAUGAAACGCAAGGAAUUCAUCUAUUAA